AUGGCUCUUAAGAGCAUCAAAGACUCUGGUCUCCUACAGGCGGCGCUGAUGGUGGUGGUGUUGGGUGUAGCUCUCGCUGCCCCCUCCGACCCCUACCGUGUUCAACCUGUCCAUAGUUCUGUAUACAAGCAGCCGGGGAUGCCACACGACUUCACAUACAAUGUUAGGGACGACUACUCCGGCACCAACUUCGGCCACAGUGAGAACUCCGACGGCAACACCGUCCGUGGCUCCUACAGUGUCGACCUUCCCGACGGACGCAAGCAGACGGUUAAUUACGAGGCCGACCACAACAAGGGCUUCACAGCUGAUGUACAGUACUCUGGAGAGGCUCACCAUCCCCACCAUUACAGACCUCCUGUCACCUACAAGUCACAACCUUCGUACCAACACACGCCCUCAUACACAACCCCAUACCACCCAUAAAAACAUCUUACCUAUUUAAACCUUCAGGAUUGUUGUUGCUCAUUUGUUAAAAGAUUUUACUUAUGUUUUAAUGUGAAUAAACUCAAGCAAGUUUAAAUUUCAUUUGAAUAUACCUUAAUGAAUUUGCUAAAUUAUCAAUAAUCGGAAUCUUAUUAGGUGAACGUGUCGUUCAGCACAUUAAGACACCAUAAAAGUAUAUAUCUCGUCUAUUGUUUAUACUUUAUAGUGAAAAAUCACAUAUGAUAUUUGGAUUCAUAUUAUUUAUAGAAACCGUGUGGCGGUAAAGGUUUCUAAAGUAAAAGCAAAUAAAAGGCAAACACGAGCAAAUUAUAUUAAUAUUGGAGAUAAUGAUCGUCUCUUUACAAUGACACUGUUGUGUUCAGUAGCUUCCAAAGUUAAGUUUGCUUAAGUGAACAAGCCAGAAAUGUUUUAACUAUAUGCAAUAAGUUUUAAAACGUUUGGAUUUAAUAUGGUUAUUAUUCACCUAAUUGUUAAAUUUAAAGCAAACAAAUUUUAAUUCUCAUACUGCAAUUGUUAUUUCCGUUGAUACACGAAUUAUUAUUGAUAUGAAAUAUUACGAGAGAUUCCUACACUAUACAAGCACAGAACUGGAGAUAAAUUCAGUAAAGUUAUGUAUUUACAAUUUCGGUGUUACGAAACGACAAUAAGUAAUUAUCUCUCCAUAGCUUGGCUCCCUGUGGACUCCUCCCAGUGCCGACCCUACACUUACCUACGUCAAGGACAACCUUCAUCACUAUAUAAAGCUCAACCAUCAUCCUCUCCACAUCACUCGCUCCUCAGCUUCGGUAACUUGUAGACGACAUGAUCGCUAAGGUAACGUGUUUUCAAGAUGUAUUUUUUUCUUUUAAC